ACUUGUCGUUCAUGUUGAUAUGAUCCUCAAAAAAAGACAUUUAAUACUACAUGUUAGUAAAAAAAUUGCUAACGAUUUGUGAUAUUUUACAAACCACUUGUUAAAAGAAAAAAAAAGGAAUUGUCAAGAUAAAAAAUUCUUUGAAAAUUAACACAAACAGAGGUGUGAUGCUUUUAUUGAUGAAAAACAAAGUAUAAAUCUGGAUCAUUGGAAAAUGCGCACAACUGUACCUUUUUUUGAUUAAGUAAACCGAUAAAACAAUGUUUAACGCCACCCUUCAUUCCAACUUAUCCUUGAAAAAACAUUCGACAAAUGGCGAAAAUUUGUUGGACCGCAACACAAUGAAUGAGAAUUGGAAAGAUUUUGAAACAACAGAAGACGGUGAUGAUGAUUUUUUACCUCAAUAUUCUCUUGGAAAUCAAUAUAAUUUAUUACAAUCAGCGAAUGAUUUCACAAGUUUUAAUGGAAAUGGUGGAUUUUUAGCGGGUGUAACUCAAGAAAAUGCAAACAGCUCUUCUUUUUCUUCCUAUAAUAAACCUUCUUCCGAUAGUCGUACAAUUCACCCACUUAAAAUAGGAAUGAUUCAAAAGUAUUUCAAUCAAAACCCGCAAGAACACCGUUUAAAAUGUUUUAAAGAAGAAAUCAAUAUGUUUAAACUUAUUGGAUUAGCAACAAAUGUACAAGUGGAUACAUCACAACAAAAGUGGACGUUUACUCUCGAUGACGCAACAGGCAUCAUUCAAGUAGGCUGGCUACCCUAUCGCCAUACAGAACUGCCUAAUAAUGACCCUUCUCCUUGGAUGAAGGAAUUCUUAAGUCACAUACAAAACAAUAGCUAUGUUCGUGUUUACGGAGAUAUUGAUUUACUUGGGCAUUUAGAACCCCAUGUGUCUGCUUUCUUUGUCGCUCGUCUUGAUCUGAAUGACGAAAUUUUUUAUCAUGAUAUUAUUUUUUCUGAAUGGAUUACAAUGUGCUCAACUGAUGCAUCUCUUGACUCUACCAAUAGUUUGAAGGUACCCCAAAAAUUUCAAGCGGAUGACCUUUCCAUAUCGAAUACCACACCACAGUGGAUGGCUUCAGAUCAAUCAUUAAGUGUCACACCUAAACCUAUUGUAAAACUUAUUAAAAAAACCGAAGAGAAACAAACUUCAAAACAUUUGCUAUCCCAUCCAUUCGAUUCCUUAGUGCAUGGUGGAUCGAUAUUUCCCGGAUCAUAUGAUUUGAUUGACUCCUCUAGUUUGGUGUCUUUGUCAAUGGAUUUAGUUGAAACAUUAAAGAAUAUGUCCAGUUUUCGUCCAAAUGGUAUGUCUGCGGAAGAACUUCUUGCUCAUUUAAUUGGGCGUGGAUUAAAAGUUACUAUUCAAGAUGUGCAUAAAACACUUCAGCAAUUGAUGGAAAAAAAUAAAAUUUCUCAAACAUCUAAUGGAACAUAUCGUGUUCUUUAAAUGUUAAAAAAACAAAAAAGAACAUUUUUUUUUUU